CUUUAAUAAUCUGUCCAAAAGUUCUGAAGCAUUUUUAACAUUUUGGUCCGGAUCUGUGGCUAUCUUACUUAAAGCAUUAAAUAUUGCAGAAAAGUGGCUUAAUACUGCACCUCUCGACACCUUAACAACAUUAUAAAGAGACUCACAAGCAUAAUAACGAACUCUUAAAUCUUGGUCAGAUAAACAUCCCAAAAUAGGCUUAAUUAAUUCAUCCGUGUAAGCACCUGUAUCCUAUAUUAAAAAAUAAGUUAAUAUAGAGAAAACUAAUAUUUAUUUGCGUUACUUUUCCUAAUGCAAUAGCUAUUGCAGCUAAUCCAAUAAGACCACCCUUCCUGGCAUGAGGAUUUUGGGAAACAGCAAAAUCUUGCCCCAAAACUUUUAAUAACUUUUUUAUUUGUCCGCAAUUAUUAGCACUGGAAAACUCCUUCACCAUCCUUAAAAUUUAUAUGUUAAAAUACGCCAAACCAAACAAAAAAAUUACUUUUCUAUCUCCAAAGCAGCCGUUUUUCUUUUGUCGUAAAUUUUAUCAUGCAACGCACGCACGCAUGCCGCGCUAAGGGGCGCGUAGUCUUUCUCGGACAUUUCAAUAAAUAAGAAAUAAAUAGAGUAAAUAAAACAUUUAACUUAACCUAGGUUUGAGAUUGACAAGAACUGUCAUAUGAUUCGACAAACCUAACCUUGAAUUACAGAAUUUUGACACCAUAUACUUACGCAAGUAUAUGUUUGACACAAACACUUAGCGACAUCUAUGACAACAGUUAUGAAGCUUAUACUUUCUUGAUAUAAACGUAGAUGUCUUUGUUUUUUUAUUAAGUUUUUCAAGAAAUAAUCGCUUAUUAUUGAAAGAGAAAAUAUAUUGAUUUAUGUUUAAUUAAAUUUCACUGUUGUUGGGAUUAAUUACUACUGCUAAAAAAAGUAAAAAAUAAAAAUACGGCAUAAUAUCAAUAAUGCCAACAUAUGUUCCGCGUUGCCAACCUAAAUACGAAUGACAAAUGGUCAAUCAAUGAUUUUUAACGUUAAAUUUACUAUUUUGCCGCAUUGGAAGUUUAUUGGGCUAUUCUAGGAAGUUAUAAGGAAGUUUGUAGUAUUAUAAAAUUAUAAUUAAGGCAAAGAAAUCGUCAAAUUUGAUUUAAAACAGGACAUGGAAAAUAGAGCAUUCAAUCACCAAUCAUUUAUGUGAAAUUGGUAAACAUGGCGUUGAUUUUGGCGUCCGCCUAUUCUUCACAAUAUGCAGUAAACUAAAUAAAAUCUGUGUUGAAUCAGUUACUAUUUAAUCCGGAAUAUUGUGAGGAAGAUAAAAAAUAUCGUGUAAAACUGGCGGUGUUUUGCGAUGAAUUUCGGUUAGGAGGUCAGUUAAGUAAAGAAAAAGGGAAAUGGGUUGGUCCGGGGCCCUGCCUCAGUUUUAAUGUUGAGGUGUCAUGCAGUCUGAGCCAGCACGGUACAUCAAUUCGGUGUCCGAUCUUUUGUACAGCACUGACGAAAUCGAGCUGCUGCUUGACGAAAUUAGAGACCUGGAGCCGACAAGCUGCAAACCUGAAGACAUUCAGGACUUCGAGAUAGCGGGCAGCGGGUGCGGCGGCGUGGGGACGGCGAGCGGCGGCGCAGGUGGUGGCGGCUCGUCGUCCGUGGGGGCGUGCGACUGCGAAUCGCCGCUCGACACUGUCAACUCGUGGGACUCGCACUCGCACUACCGCCGUCGUCUGCAUUCGCCCGAUCUCUCCCUCUACUCGGGCGUCAUCGUCUACUGCGACCACCACCACAUCAAGUCGCCCACCGGCUUCUUCCGGCUACUACUACUGCUGACUACAAUAGCAUGUCUGGCGUGCCUGUGCACUUCGGGGACCGUAAAAGUGGGCCUUUUUAUGCUUCCAUUGGUGGGAAGACUGCGAUACAUGAUGUUUGUGACGCUACUGAGUUUAUUCGUCACUGCGUCCCUAUUGUUUCUUGACAUUUCCCAUGUAAUUUAUCUGUUUCCCUUUAAUUGGGGUAAAGUGAAUGCAUAUUUGUAUGUAAGCCUUAGUGUGUUGUUCCUGAUAGCUUCGUCGUUAAUUUUCCAUAUGAUUUUUAUAUCAGAGGCCUUUGCUUGGGUUCCCAAAUGGACUUUACACCAACUACUAGUUACUGGGUGCCUGGGAUACGUCUGCAGCCUAGAAUCAGCAGUGAUAGCCCUGGUCCAAAGAUGGUCGAUGGACUACUACCAGCCAGUGACUGAGGACCCAAGCAUGAACCUGCAAGAGCGUCAAAUGUCCCCGGGCGAUUCCCCCGAGCACAGGGUGCCGAACCAAACAACGCACAACUACAAGCCUAUAGUGAACUAUCCUGUCCCGUCAACGUCGCGGCAGGAACCUCACAAUUACCUGGACGACGUGCAGCCGUGUUCGAGCAAAAGCAGCGACCCCUACCGGGUGGUAUGAUCAACAAUUUGCCUUCGAUGUCAUUGUACAGUAUGUAUUAUGCAUGUUUUGUCUUUUUGUAUGUUCCAGGGUGCCGUUGCAAGUUAUGUCAAAUAACGAGAUGACCUAUUAUGUUUUGUACCUUGGUGCGAGUGCUGAUAAUAAAACCAAUUAAAUCAUUUUCUUCUUAAAAAAAUGAUAAACAUUUAAAGUAAUAAAAACUUUAUCCAAAAUUAUUAAAACAUAAAUAAAGCAUUAAAUUUUGAUCCUAAAAAAGUAUUAAAAAUCAUCAAAAGGGUAAAACCUACCAAAAUAGUAAAAAAUAUAGCUCUAAAACAAGAAGACUAAAUACAGGAGAGUAACUUGCUAGGUGGGGGGCUAUUUUCAAAUGCAGUUGUCGGCGUGUUUUUAGAGGAUUUUUAAAAAAUGUUCAAACUUAAAUAUAAAUUAUCUUAGGUAAAGUUAUCAUUAGUUUAUUCGGCACCAAAAAAUAUACGUACCGAAUUGGAUCCUUUGGCAAAACAUAAAAAUGCAACGAUUUAGUUCUUUACAUUUACAAUUAAAAACAUAAUAAUUCAUCAUAAUCACUUAGAUAAAAUACAUACAAUAACGUAACUAUA